AUGAGGCCGACAAGGGCAAAGACAGCAAAGAUCUAUGGCAGCGAGGAUGGCAGACGAGGCGUCCUGCAUCAUCGCCCUCAACUGACGACAUCAAGCUCAAGACUCCAUCCCGUGUACCUUGACUGCCAUCGCGUCCCCCAGUCGACAGCAUCGACGCACGAGAGGCACGUCUUCGACGGUCGCAUCAACGCCAUCCUCCUCUUCUCCGCUUCGUCCAUCUGCAUCAUCUCAGGCUGCAGCCAUGCCUUCUGGGUCACCCCCUGCAAAACGCCCAGCCACUACUGCAAGAAGGACGGACACAUUGUCAGCCGACGCGCCCACGACGCCAAACGCACCCACAACGACGGUACAUCGGCCACCCGCGACAGCAGAUGCACAUGCGUCUUCCACUACAGCACGCACCCCUUCGUUGCCGACAUACGUGCCUCCCACGACGGCACGUGCAUUGCCCGCCGCAGCAGAGGCGUUGCUCGCCUUGGCAGGCGCUGCUCCGGCCACGUCAAAUGCUGGUCUCGCCGUGACACCCACUGCUCCCGUUCCAGCACGCACUGCUCCCGUUCCAGUGCCCGCUACUCCCACAAGUACACGCGCUGCUCCCACAAGCACACGCGCUGUUCCCGUUCAAGCACCCGCUACUCCCACAAGCACACGCGCUGCUCCCACAAGCACACGCGCUGUUCCCGUUCAAGCACCCGCUACUCCCACAAGUACACGCGCUGCUCCCACAAGCACACGCGCUGCUCCCGUUCAAGCACCCGCUACUCCCACAAGUACGCGCGCUGCUCCCACACGCGCUGCUCCCGUUCCAGCACGCACUGCUCCCGUUCAAGCACGCGCUGCUCCCGCCAUGGCGAACGCACCUCCUGCUACAACUACCUCAGGAGCACCUGCCUCAGCCUCUCCCGCAGCUGGCAACAAUGGCGUGCCGGAAGCUGA